GCACACACCUACCUAUGUCUCUUUUCUUUUACUUAUGCUCUUUGAUAGAUACAGAAACAAGUCUAAAUCAACUACACUCGCAACAAGCGAGAAAAAGAAAUUGAGUAUAGCCAAUUCACUUCUUAAAAGAUUCAGUAAAAAGAAGAACAAGAAAAACAAUGAAUUAAACCAGCCUAGAACAUCCAUGUCAUUACCCAAUAUUGCAACUAUUCCCGAGAAAGAGGAUAUAAUGAAACCACUGCCUCUUCCAGACCAUAUUACUUCAAGGCAACAAAAGAGACACUCUGCAGAUCAACGUCGCCAUCGUCACCAUGUGAUCUCGAUGCAAGACGUCAAUCGACACUCUAUUACUUUUGGCCAUUUACCACCCUUAAAGGCAAAGGCCAUGGCUGAUUUAGCCUUUGAGCCUCAUCAAAUAGCUAAAUUAAACCGCUUAGCCAAUUUGCCUGAUAAUACAGAUGCCCUGUUAGCGACAUUGGGCAACACAACACAGCCUCAAGUGCUUGUGCCUCAUCGAUCCAUCAGUCACCAAAACCUGAACGAACCUUCCAUACGUCAAUCACUUAAUCGUACACACUCAGAAUCACACGCAAAGACAAGAGAAAUUGAAGCAGAUCCAAUUGAACCCGAGACAUUGGCAGACUUAUUAAGCAUGGAAGCUUCAGGGGAAGGUUCUCAUGUCAUUCUUAUCGAUGUUCGUAACCUGAUUGACUACCAAAAAAGACGCAUUCGCCAUUCACUUAAUGUCAAUCUGCCUUCAUUGUUAAUUAAACGCUAUCAGCGCGGUACAAUUGCUAAUUUCAAUCUGGAAAACUUUAUCACCACAGCAGAAGGUCGAGAGAUCUAUGCUGCUAAACACACAAGACCAUCACAGCCUACAACGCCUUUGAUGGGCACCAUUUUGGAGCAAAAAGCAGCAGAGGCAGAAAUAAAGAAUAACAACAGUAACAAGAAACGAAAAGUAGCCUGGGUCAUUUAUGAUGAAGACAUGACUGAAGGAGAUCAAACCUCACAAGCUUGGACGAUUCUGAAUGUGCUGAAGCGCUUUGUAGGUGGUGAUAAGACAAAAGAGGGCAGAGUGUAUUAUCUUGUCGGCGGAUUUCAUGCUUUUCAAGAACGCUAUGAAAACUGGCUUGAGACAACCAAAUGGCCCCCACAAUUCAAGUUAAACAACAAUAUGCCGAGACGCUCGAUCAGUUACACCAUGGGUGAAUCUAAAAACGAUUUGCAUAAGCGAACAAGCCUGUUCACAUUGGAUACACAAGCUGCUCGCGUAAAUAAUGCUAACGCGCUGGCGCGUAGAGCAAAAAGAAGAACAGAACAAAAUGAAGAUACCACGGCACGUUCUACGUCCAAUACAACAACAACCAAUACAAUACAUCUUUCUUCUCGCAACCCACUCAGUUCGCAUAGACUACAGCCUCAGCAAAAAUCAUUGAAUCGUGUAGCAGAAGACGAAGAAACCCCUAUGACAGCUGAUGUUUCCUCGCCUCGAACAGAAACUGAUUUCUGCUUCAUUAUUUCCGAGAUUAUUCCUGGCUUUUUGUAUGUGGGUCCUGAAAUUGAGACAGAAGAGCAAGCAGUACAAUUAGAUCAACGCCAUAUUCGACGUGUAUUGAAUAUGGCUGAAGAAUGCCAAGAUGAAGGACUGGCUUCACGUUCAUUUGUCUAUCAUAAAAUAGCUGCUCGUGAUACUCUAGAAAUGAAAAACAUUGAGCUUGUUAUGAUGGAAGCUGUUCAUUUUAUCGAACAAGCAAAAAAGAAGCAUGAACCUAUUUAUGUACAUUGCAAAGCAGGCAAAUCUCGUUCAAUUACAGCCAUCUUGGCCUAUUUAGUCACUUCAGAACGUUGGACAUUGAAAAAAGCUUAUCGUCAUGUCAUUAAAGCAAGACCCAACAUGUCUCCUAACAUUGGUUUUAUCUCAGAACUGAUGAAGAUGGAAGGCAAAGUCCAUGGUCGUGUUAGUAGUUUCAUGGAAUCUGAUUGGCAAUCCACUCCUUUACCUAGUCCUGAAUAUGCUAAUGAAUUGUUUCAAUUAGAGAAGGCCUGGCAAACAAACGAAACCACUAAUACUAAUACUAUUACUACUACUACUAUUAUUUAACUUUUUCUUUUUUCUACCUUUUAUUUAAUACACUUUGAUUAAAAAU